CUAGGUGAAAUAAAAAAUUUGUCCAGGUUUUAUUUUAAAAACACAGUUUUAAUAAUAAAAUGUCUGCCAAAAUUGUUCCCGAUUCUGAAUGGAUGAAGCCCGCAACUGAGGAUUCCGUAGAAUCUAUGAAAAGAGUUCAAGAUAUCAUCGGAGAUUUUGAUGCAGAUCAUACCAUGAAAUAUUAUGAUUAUUGGGCGCAGCAUUACGAAAAAGAUUUGGAGGUACUCGACUAUACUGUACCGGAUGAAGUUGUAGAUGGUCUAAUGAAGUUUGUCCCGGACAAGAAAUGGCACGAGAAUGGCUUUCAAGUAUUGGAUAUAGGCUUAGGCACUGGACAAAUGGCAACAGCCCUUCAAAGAAAAGUAGGAUUCUCUGGAAUAAUCGAUGGCGUUGACGGAAACGAGAAGAUGAUGGAAAAAGCUCGCGUCAAAGGAAUUUAUAGGAAUCUUAAUUUACACCUGCUCAUGCAAGACAGCCCAAUGCCAAACGAAAGUAACAAAUACGACGUCGUUGUUUGCUGCUGCGCAAUGGUGCCAGGAUUGAUCCAACCGGAAUGCCUUCCUGAUAUGGUGCGAGUUGUGAAACAGGGAGGUUAUUUUUUCUUCACAACAAGAUCUACCGAUGGUAAUCAGGAAUUCAAAAAUCGAGUGGAUGAAGAGGUGAAAACAUUGAAAGAAAACGGAUAUGUUCGUGAACUUAUGACCAAAAUUGUUCCACAAUACAGCUGGCCAACUGAAGGAAACAAGAAUGAAAAACAAUGCAUCUCGGCAGUCUUGUAUGGCUUGACAAAACUCAGGGCUUUAUAAACAAAUUAAAACUUUUUCAUUCUAAAUAAUUUAUUCGUGGUACUUUUGAACGAGUGCAUUGUUAUUUUCUCAUUGCUUCAUAAAAAAAUUGUUCAAUAUUAACAAAUUAUAUAGUAACAGUUAUGCAUGACUUUACGUUUGUUAGUGAUACCGACUAACUUACGAUUAUUACAGACUUUUAGCGAAGAUAUAUGUUUCGGUCAACAAUAUCGAGACAGAUAUAAUAUGGUCCUAGGAAAAUAUGCCAACUUGUAACUGGGACAUAAUUGAACAGAUUUCCGAGUGAUAUGAAUGAUUGGAAAAUUUGAACUUUACUGAAUACUAAUUUUCUUAUUUUGAGCGUUGGCGGGGGCUUUGUACAAAAUAUUCUGAAGCAAUUGUUAGUUAAUAAUAAACCAGGCCAGCAGGCUGAGUUCAACGGUAUAGAGUCUAUAGACUAUAAACAGAACGCAACUAUAUAGGUCCAUCUUUCAAAGUAUCCAACCUAAAUGGUGUCUGUUACCAGAAAAUAUUAUGUACAAAUCAGGCCCAUAAAAGCCCCAUAACAUUAUAACAUUAGUGAGACUCUUGUCGAGCCAAGUGCUUUGGCCAUGCUCCCAAUUGUGUUGGCCAAAAAAAUGAGAAAAAGAUAAAGGCAAUGUUUUUGUCAGACAACUCAGUUUAGAGGAGAAUCACCGUUAUAAGUAGUGAUAUGAAGUAGCGGGUAGUCACUGAAGAAGAAAAUAGUCGGAUUGUAUGCUCCUCAGCUUAAUGAAUCCGCAAAUAUAUCUUCAGCAUCUCAGCGUAUGGUCUCUUUGUUCGUUACGUGAUGGAGGAAAGAAUGAAAGAUGAUUUGCUGUUUUCCUGUGAAUUGAAAAUUACCACCUGGGCAGAAGACGUAAUGUCUUGAGUAGAGUAAUUUUUGACCAAAGGAAACAUAAGCUGGAUGAAUAUAUUAUGCAGAGUGUGCGCUGAUGGCGCACCGGUUAUAUGCUUAUAUCAAAGAGCGCUUUUUAGACGCUGGUGAGGAAUACAAUGCCUAAUGUUGCCACCACUUACUGUUUGAUUCACCGGGAAGCCUUGGCUUCGAAGACUUUCCCAGGCGGUUUUCUAUGUGCUUUUGACUUUUUCAUUAAAAUCGUGAAUUAUAUCAAAAGCAAUGAUUAGAAGAAACAAAACCUGAGGUCGAAGAUAAUUUCCAGAAUGCUAAGUUUGUUCCUCGCCUGGAAUAUUUGGUGUAUAUUUUUGAAGCCCUGAAUCAGCUGAAUUUAAAUAUGCAAGGGAAGGGAGAAGAUAUUAUUCAGUUUUUCGACUUUACGAAUGCAUUUGUUAAAAAACCUGCGCAACUGGGAACGUAAAGUGGAAAAGGGUAACUUUGACGCCUUUAACAGUUUCACACGUUUGUGUUUGUGAAGAGAUUACGGGUGAAGUAGCAGACGACCUUGGUGCACAAUAAAUUCAAAUCAUACUUUCCGGAGCUUGGUCGAACUGAAUUGUCUGUGGUAAGGAAUCCAUUGGAAGUGGAUGAUGAGUUCUAGAAUGAUUUAGUUGAUCUAAAAUGAUUAGAGCUGUAGAUACUUGUUUGAAACCUUCUCAGUCACUUAGUUUGGAUACGGAUGUCCUCAUCUUAUCCACUCAUUCCAAUGGCAGCCUUCUCAUCCCUAGGAAUUGUGACAUCGAAGUAACGAAACCGGUUGAAUGUUGGAGACGCAUUUUCAUCCACUGCACCCAGGAUUCAGAGCAUUUAGGUUGUGUAACACGAUGAUAAAAACUUUUGCUGUUGUGGUUCUGUGAUUUGCAUUUCAUAAGUUUGA